AUGGGCAAGCGGACCAAAAAAGUUGGCAUUUGUGGCAAGUACGGCACGCGCUACGGUUCAUCGCUUCGUAAAGUUGUGAAAAAGAUUGAAAUAUCGCAGCAUGCCAAGUACAAUUGCGUAUUUUGUGGCAAGGACUCAAUCAAGCGAACUGUAACGGGUAUCUGGCAGUGCCGCUCAUGUUACAAGACCAUUGCUGGUGGCGCUUACCUGCUGAACACGGCUUCUGCUGCUACGGUGCGCUCUACUCUGGCUCGUCUUCGUAAGAUUCGUGAUGACGCCUCGGCCUAG